AUGGGGAGCAAAGCCAAGGCCAAGGCAAGGCAUGCCAAGGCCACGACAAGGCAAGUCAAGGUUUGGCAAGUGAAGGCUUGUCAAGGCUUGGCAAGGCAAGGCAAGGCAAUGCGAGGCAAGGCAUGCCAAGGUAGGGCAAGGCAUGCCAAGGCCAAGGCAAGGCAAGUCAAGUCGGGGCUUGGCAAGCCAAGGCAUGCCAAGGCCACGGGAAGGCAUGCCAAGGCCACGACAAGGCAAGUAAAGGCUUGGCAAGCCAAGGCAUGCCAAGGCCACGGGAAGGCAUGCCAAGGCCACGACAAGGCAAGUAAAGGCUUGGCAAGGCAAGGCAAGGCAAGGCAAGGCAAGGCAAGGCUUGGCAAGCCAAGGCAUGCCAAGGCCAUGGCAAGGCAAGCCAAGGUUGUGGCAUGCCAAGGCAAGGCAAGGCAAGUCAAGGCUCGGCAAGGCAAGCCAAGGCCACCGCAAGGCAAGUCAAGGUUUGGCAAGGCAAGGCAAGUCAAGGUUUGGCAAGGCAAGUCAAGGCAAGGGAAGCUAAGGGAAGGCCACGGCAAGGGAAGGCAUGCCAAGGCAAGGCAAGCCAAGGCAAGGCAAGGCAAGGUAAGCCAAGGCUCGGCAAGGCAAGGCAAGUCAAGGCUCGGCAAGGCAUGCCAAGGCCACCGCAAGGCAAGUCAAGGUUUGGCAAGGCAAGUCAAGGCAAGGGAAGCUAAGGGAAGGCCACGGCAAGGGAAGGCAUGCCAAGGUAGGGCAAGACAUGCAGAGGCCACGAUAAGGCAUGUCAAGGCAAGGCAAGGCAAGGCAAGGCUCGGCAAGGCAUGCCAAGGCCACCGCAAGGCAAGUCAAGGUUUGGCAAGGCAAGUCAAGGCAAGGGAAGCUAAGGGAAGGCCACGGCAAGGCAAGGCAUGCCAAGGUAGGGCAAGACAUGCAAAGGCCACGAUAAGGCAUGUCAAGGCAAGGCAAGGCAAGGCCACCGCAAGGCAAGUCAAGGUUUGGCAAGGCAAGGCAAGUCAAGGUUUGGCAAGGCAAGUCAAGGCAAGGGAAGCUAAGGGAAGGCCACGGCAAGGCAAGGCAUGCCAAGGUAGGGCAAGACAUGCAAAGGCCACGAUAAGGCAUUUCAAGGCAAGGCAAGGCAAGGCAAGGCAAGGCAAGGCAAGGCAAGGUAAGCCAAGGCUCGGCAAGGCAAGGCAAGUCAAGGAUCGGCAAGGCAUGCCAAGGCCACCGCAAGGCAAGUCAAGGUUUGGCAAGGCAAGGCAAGUCAAGGUUUGGCAAGGCAAGUCAAGGCAAGGGAAGCUAAGGGAAGGCCACGACAAGGCAAGGCAUGCCAAGGUAGGGCAAGACAUGCAAAGGCCACGAUAA